CACGGAUCUUUUAUGAAAAUAACGUUAUCUGAAUCUUUUCAGGAGCAAAUACGCGAUCAUGUAAAGAAUUUCCGAGAAUUGAAAGGGAAGAUGGAUAAUUUUAUGCAAACGAAGGAUUGCUCCAAAAAUAAAUGCACAAACAGAUCGUGCGCAAUAUAUCUUAAAGACAAAAACUGCGAUACUCAAGAUUUGGAGUACUCGAAUAGUACCACAUAUGGAAUAUCACACAUGGAAAAACGUUCUGCAGAAAUGAAGAACAUCACUCAGAUACAAGAAUUAAAAGCAGAAUUACAAAAGGUAAAGGAUACAGAGUGCGAUUUAAAAUGCGAAAAUCAGCAACUUCAAACUAAUCUACAGCAUCACGUAUCAGAAACUGACAAUCUAAUGAAGAAAAUAGAGCAAAAGGAAAUUGAAUAUGAGGAACUUUUGUUGAAAUUAGAAAAUGGGAAAAAAGAGAUCAAUAUGUUAAACGAUCAAGUCAUGAAUAGCGAAAAAAUUAUUAAAAAUCAAUCUCAUGAAGUUGAAAAUCUUAAGAAAAAGUUACUCAUGAAUGAUCAACAAACGGAAAAUUUAUCCGAACGGAAUAUAUCGGAGCAUGAGAUGCUGACUGUUCUAUGUGAUCGAAUAUAUUCUCUGAAAAUUUUACUACAAGAGAAAUCGGAAAACAUGGUAAAAUUGCAAGCCGAUUAUGAAUUACUUAAGAAUGAAAAUUCUAUAUUAAAGAAUCAAAAUAACAUUAUACAAGCUCAAACCAAAGAAGAUACUUUACAAUUGAAAGAAAGGCUGAAAGAGGCACGGAUAAAAUUGCGCCAGACAGAAGACAAUUGUCAUCAAAUGACUAAAGAGCUCAAUAAAGUUCAAGAACAAUUAAUAUCUACAACAAAACGAGAAGCUGAUUUACAAGAAUCAUUAACUAUUAUGGAAAAAGAUCAUUGUUUCAAGAUUGAAAAAGUAGAAAAUGAAGUAGUCCGUCUUCAUGAUUUAGUGAAUAAACUAAGUGAGGAAUUGGAAGAAACCAAAAAGACAUUAGCAUUGAAAAAUAUCGAUCUUUGUCAAGCGCAAGAUAAAUGCAAGAAUUAUGCUGAUCAUUUGGACACUACGCGUCAAGAUCUUGAAAGAGAGAGAGAGGAAUUAACAAAGGUCGAAAAUGUAAAUCGUGACUUAAUUCAACAAUUGCAGGAAUACAUGAAAGAGAAUUAUCAUCUUGACCGACAGAAAAUUUCACUUGAACGAGAUAAUUCUACGUACAUAACUGAAUUACAAGAUAUGCGCAAAUCUUUGCACGAGUUAAAACAGGAAUGUCACUUGAAGGACCAAUCUUUAACAAACAUGUCAGCUGAUUUAACUGACACAGCAAUGAGUAGAUCAAAACUUUGCAAAGAAUCUCAAUAUAUAGUUUCAUGCAUCCGUGACUGUAUGGAGCAACAGAAAAAAUACAAUGAAACUCUGUUGAAAAAGUUGAAAAAUAAGCAACAACUUAUAAUGCAGCUUGUAUUCGAGAAAAAAACUUUAUUAAUUAAAAUCCGGAAGAUGAAACGAAUUAAUUUAUUGGCGCAAAAACUGAAAAGAACGCAUAAGUUAGCUAGUAGAAGUUGUAGAAAAGUGCAUACUAACGGUUAUAUAUCACCGUCAAUUGCGUACCAGACUACGGAUACUGAUUUAGCUUCAAGUUGGAACUGUACAAAUUCACGAAAGAAAUAUUCAACGAAACCGAUCAAGAUUGGUCGACGUACAUCAACAUGUGGCAAUUCAUGGUGGUUUCCCAAAAUGGAACAUUUAAUAAAUGAGGUUCGAAAAAAUAAUCGAUGGUGGAAUGAAAAUUUUAAGAAUGAAACGGAAUCUGACACUUCAUUGGAAGACAAUCGUGAUUACGGUUAUCAAUCCUCUUCUACAAGCAAAUGAAAAAGAUUCAUAGAGGAUUUAUUUUGAUAAAGAUUGAAGAAAAAGUGUGAGAUAGAAAUUUGAAGUAUGAAUAUGAAACGCAAAUGAAAUUUAUAACGUGACUUAGUUAGUUUGUGUUGCGUCUUUUUUUAUGUAAACAUAAUUUUCUACAUAUAUAUCAAAUGUAUAAUCAAAUGUAUCCUUUUUUAAAAAUAAAUAGACGUUUCUUGUGUAACGUGCGAUCAUAUCAAUGUUCAUUCAUUUUUGUCAAAAUCGGAUAACGAUACAGUAAUGAGUCAUACAAACGAGAUGCAAUAAUAUAAUAUUUUCCAAAUAUA